AUGAGAAACAAUACCCUCCCUCCAGACAUCGAUUACACAGACCCCAAAUAUAUGACACGUUCUCAAGUUCUGUUCGGCAGCUAUUUGGCAGUUUGCUCUUUGGUCCCUUUUUCCAUCAUGAUGGUUGCCAAUUUACUGCUGAUGAAAUGGUUCUCCCCGUUUUCUCGGUUUGCUGUUGGUAGCGUAUUGGUGUUCAUCGUGUUUCUCAUCACGGUUAUUCUUGUUUAUAUUGAUGUCAGCGCUUAUGCAUUUCUGGCCAUAACACUUGUUUCGGUUGUGUUCCUUAACUGUGGUAGUGCUCUCGCUCAAGGUAGCGUAUUUGGUGUGGCAGCCAUACUUCCUUCCAAACAUAUGAAGGCUGCUUUAGAAGGACAGGCUGUGUCUGGUAUUCUUGCAUCUCUGGCUAAUAUUGUAUCUAUUGCGGCUUCUUCCUCAGUGACCACUAAUGGGUUAGUUUACUUUUUGGUCGCUUUAGUUUUCGUCACCGCUACAGCUGCUUUGUUCUUGGUUCUUCCUAGAAACGGCUAUUUUAAAUAUUACUGGGACAAAAAAGACUUACCAGAUAACAAUAAUAUUGAAUCUGAUCCAUCAUUAAAAGGAGUGACUAACGAUUGUAAUGAAUCUCAAGAACUAGUUGUUAACAUAAAUAAGAGUGGAAUAUUAUCAACAAUGAAAGAGACAUUUCUUCCUGGAAUUUGUGUUUUAAUCACAUUGUUGAUUACUCUUUCACUAUUUCCAGCAGUUGUAGCACGUAUCAGACCUAUCACAGUUAUCCCUCAAGAUCUUUGGACAAAUGUUUAUUUUGUGCCAGUACUUGUGUAUCUUUUGUACAAUGUUGGUGAUUGGUGUGGAAGAAUGCUAGCUGGUUUUAUAAAUUGGCCUAGAAGAAAUCAAAUGCUAAUAGUCUUGUUAUUAUGUAUUCUACGUGCUGCUAUUAUCCCAUUAUGUAUGCUAUGUAAUGCACAACCUAGAAAUUACUUACCAGUCGUAUUUAGGCAUGAUAUUUUUCCAGCAUUGAUGAUUCUAUUCUUGGGACUAACUAACGGUUACUUAGUAUCGAUAUCAAUGAUACAUGGACCAAGUUUCGCAUCACCUGGUAAUCAAGAAUCUGCUGGUGCAGCAUUAAGUAUAUACUUAUCUUUUGGAUUAUCAUUUGGUGUUGCCAUAUCAGUUGGUUUAGUACAAGGUUUAUAA